UUCAUUUGACAUUUCUCCCCUUUGACGGCUUUGUGACUUUAGUUUAGCCAGCUUUCCCAGGCCGCAUUUUCUAGUCUUAGGAAUAUCUGUGUGAUAGGUUAUCUCACGUGCAUAUCACAGAAUUCUCUUUUACUGAGCUGAGGUAGUUCAACAUUUUAUUUUUGAGGCGCGAGAGUUUUGGAGAAUCUGAAUUUUUUAUAUUCUCAAUCAGUCAAAUCUCCCUCACUGCCUUUCAGCCUGGCUUCCUAUGUUCAGCUAGUCAAAAAUCUAGUUCCUCGGCGCCUGGUUUUGGCUAGUGUAACAGCUAUGGUGGUGGUGUACGGCGUGGCUAGUUCCGACCCAUACAGCUUCUUUUACGACGAGACUGGGGAUAAUGGCUCGACGGUCACAACAACCUGCACCAGAGCGGCGAGCUCCGGUUCUGGCGAUGGUGGUAAUCAGUCACUGCUCGGUUACAAUGCAGAGGAUGGAGGAAUUCCGUCCGUACUGGCCAUCAAUGUCGCUGUGUGGGCAGUAAUGAUCAUAGCGUUUUGCUUUGUCCGCCGCUGGGCCUGGAACUACGGUCGCAUUGGUAUUCUGCAGAAGCAAGUCGGAGCAUUGUCUAUUCACCGGCCGAUAAUUAAGGGUAAAGAUGAAGAUGAUGAUCUAUUAGACGAUGGAGCUAAAGAUGCUGAGGACCAGAUGCUUGAGGGCACUUGCGGAGCAAGCAGUGGUCCGUGGAACUUGCUCCUCUGCCCAAGAACCUCAAGUGGGAAAAUCUGUCCACGGGGACGUUGCUCUGGUGGGCCCGGUUUGUGCUGGUAAAUGCUUUUCUCUGUACAAUUUUGUUCUUCUGGACAACACCGGUUGUCAUAAUCGGUUCACUGGGUACACUGAAUAUCACUGGGGUGUCUCCUUCUCUCGCCUCUAAUCCGCUGGUAACUAUUUGGCUACCGACACUGAUACUGUGGUUGGUGACAGCGGUGCUACCACUAGCGGUGUCUUACACUACAUACUUUGAGAGCCACUGGACUAAGUCGCACUUUGAGCAGCACAUCAUGCGCAAAACGUUUAUCUUUCUCUUGCUUAUGGCUCUCGUCCUUCCGGCUCUCGGUCUUGCCAGUCUUGACUCGUUCUUCACUAACUUUCGUACCAGGGAGAGUGCUUUUAACCAGCUAGAGUGUAUUUUCUUGCCCAACAAUGGUGGCUUCUUCAUCUCCUACCUGACCUUCUGUGCCUUCAUCGGUACGGGUGUGGAGCUGCUUCGCUUGCCGGCAAUGAUUGGUUACUUCCUUGCGCUGGCCAGGGCCAAAACCAGGCGCGAGAAAGAGGAUGCCAAGAAGGUUGUCGCGGGCGACUUCCAGUACGGUGUAGAGUACGCCUGGGUCGUCACCAUAUUUGGAAUGUCGCUAGUGUUUAGCAUAACGUGCCCACUUGUCACCAUAUUUGGCUUGACGUACCUACUUCUCAAGUACUUCAUCGACAAGUACAAUCUGUUUUUUGCACUGCGCAAGUCCAAUAGCGCAAUCAAGAUCGACGUUCAUCACAUGGCCGUCAACUUCGUGAUCAUGUGUGCCGUCCUGCUUCAGCUCACAGAUCUUUUCUUCUCCGUUCUGCGCCUCCGUAAACUGAAGGAUGCACAUGCUAUCUUUGCCCUGGUAAUGUUUGUCCUCUCCGUCGUGUACGUGGCGGCUAGUAUGAUCUUCGGCCAGCUGGCCUACCUGACACCGUUCAGACGUAUUUAUGAGCCUGGCUCGAGCGAUGGAUCUUGCCUACCCAAGGGUUCCUACGUUGCUCCGGUACUGCAAGGGAGCUUUGAUGGCUCGGACGUCCGAGUUAGCUCGCCACUGACAUCGGAUGACAACGAAGAGGAAAGUGACAGUGACGACGAUACAAGCGAUGUCCGUGCCGUGACGCUUGACGGCUCAGUCCCGCGCCAGCCUGGCCGACAGCACAGCUACAACACCUUCAACACGGUCUAGCUGAGCUCAGCGAAAACGUUGCUUGUACAUGUACAUGUAACGUUACUGUGAAACUAUGUGCUUUGUCUCGCCUGUGAUGCUCCAACGGUGUUCUACGCUGAUGUGCCAGUGAUGUGCCAGUGAUGUGCCAGUGCCCAGUGGUGCCAGUCCAGGCACACAAUUCCUACAGAGUUUGUGAUAAAGCAGGGACAAGGUGGAAAGUGUCCUACCGUAGACUUAUCAAACCGGCAGGCAAGGCAUUUGUUGAUCAUCUGUGAAGUCUAUAAUACGUCGGUGAUAUACGCACUACUCGCAGUUCAUGACCUGAUUCAGCCCUGUCGGGUCAACAUCCUGACUUUAUGCACCAUGUGCCCGAGCAUGCAAAUAUAUCAACCAAACCCGUGAUUAGUGAGAUUGCUUCUUACAAGCGUAGAUAGUAUCUUCAUGUGUGCAUUGUGAAUAUGAAAUGAAGUUCCCCUGCAACUGAUGAAGAUUGUUUUCGCACAAAACCCAUUAUUUCUAUCGCCGCAGCGUGCUGCAUGCAUGCUCAGUGGUCCAUGCUUGCGCUGCAUGCUUUUUGCUGUCUUGAGUUUUAUGUGUUCUAGUUAUUUACGGUACUUUUUUAAUUUGAAGUUUUUAUGAACUGGUUCUCUAUAACCUUUCUAUCAAGGAGUCGUCAAUACGACUCCCCUGCUUUCUAUUUACAAUGAGUGUGCUCAAUUUGCUUGUGUGCUCGACGAAAACUGCAGCUAUCGACUACAACAUGACAUUGUUUUGAUCUGCAUGUUUGGUACUUUGAAGUAGUUGUAAGACUCUCUGGUGCUUUUCAAACAA